UCUUUAGUUUAUGGUUUGAUUGGGUGUUGAUUACGAGCUCGGAGGACGCGGAAUGCUGCUUCAUAGUUUAUGUUGUUAGUUCUAAUUUGUGUGUUUCAAAAGAUUCAUCUAAAAGAUGGCGCCAAUGCGUGGCGAGCGCGGAGGCUCACCUGCGCGCGCGGCCCGCGCCUCCCUGCCCCUCCCGCGCCGCCUCAUCCGACAGAUCGCGCGACACGUGGCGUCUAGCGGGCGCAGUCUGCGGCGGCUCGAGGUCUCCGGGAGGGUUAUAGACAACUUCGACGAUAUAGAGGACGCCAGCGACAGUGAUCAUGAAGUUUCACAGCCGGCAGUGGCGUGCGGCGGGAACGCCGGCAACCUGCCCCCCGCGGACCACGACGACGACCUCACCAGCCUCAGCUGGCUGCAAGACAGGAACCUUCUCAGGGGUAUAAAUCUAACCAAAGGCGACGUCGAAGACACAAAAAUGAUCGGAAGUCAAGUCAUAAUAAAGACGGAGUCCACGACGCCGCCGCCCUUGCCCCGCGCGUCGCCGCCGCGCACGCCGGUGAAGGCGCCGCCGCCGCCGGCGCCGGCGCACAGCAAGCCGCCGUACUCGUUCUCGUGCCUCAUCUUCAUGGCGAUCGAGGCGGCGCCGGCGCGAGCGCUGCCCGUCAAGGAGAUCUACGCGUGGAUCGUGCGCCACUUCCCCUACUUCAGGCACGCGCCGCAGGGCUGGAAGAACAGCGUGCGGCAUAAUCUGUCGCUCAACAAGUGCUUCCACAAGGUGGCAGCCGCUCCGGGUCUCGGCAAGGGCUCCCUUUGGACAGUUGACCCUCAGCAUCGGUCUACACUAUUACAGGCGUUCGGGCGGCAGCCCAUCCCGGCGCCCUGCGAGGCGGAGGCGGAGUCCGCGGCGGAGGCGCCGACGGCGGCGGCCAAGAACUCGCCCGACCCCGCGCUGUUCCCGUUCCUGGCGCGCCGCCUCGCGCGGCCGCGCCCCGAGCCCGGCGCCGACGAGUACCUGGCCGCCGCCACCGUGCUCGCCAUGAAGUACGGCCCGGCCGUGCUCGACCAGCUGCCGCCAGCGGCGCACCACCUGGUGAUCUCUCGCUGCGCACGCGACGAGCACUCGUACUCGGGCGGCGGCGAGGAGCGCCGCACCGCCGAGGCGCUGCUCAACCUGGCCGGCGUCUGUCCCGAGCCCGCCAGCUAGCAACGGUGUCCACUCUAGACAAGUGCGACCGACAUGUUCGAGAGAUACGUUGCCGCCAUCACUGUUUCUAUUGCACGGUUAUGUACCGAGCCUUUUCUUUGCGAACAUUUAUUUAUAAAGUGAAACAUUAGACUAUUGAGUUUUAAAAAGUGGCAGCUCUUAUGUUCGAUCGAUUCGAUCAAACGAAAUCUUAUGUGUAAAAUUAGUAUAGAUCAAGUGUAACGUUAUGAAACACUUCAUGAAAUUAUGAUACAUGGAUUCGUGAAGUGUUAUAAACAAAAGCGGUUUUUAAGUAUAGUUAAUUUAAUAAUUUAAUUUGUAAAGUCGGCAUGCGUCUGUUACUGUGUUAAAGCAAUUUUAAUUAUGUUACUGCUCAAUCGCUUCUAGCAAUGGGAAUCUAAUAAUAAGUGUUUGUAAAGUUUCUCAAAGAAAUGCGCUAGGGCCUAGCUCAGAUCAAGUGGCGACCAAUGAAUCGUUGGGAUAAGUUCGUAGAACUAUAAUAUUUAAAUAGCGUCUACUGUGACGGUUAUAGAUAAAGAUGUUUACCAUUCUCUAGUCCAUUAAAGACAAAUCAUUUUUAGAGCUCGCCCUGAGUUGUUCAUACUUGGAUAAUAUUUAUGGGAAAAUAGCUGACUCAUUAGUUAGGACCUCUAUUUUUCCAUUCAAAAAGUUCUGUAAUACAUCACAUAACACUAUUACAAUUUAUUUUUCAUCACACUUGCUCGUAAAAGCUGUUAUUUAUUACAUACAGGCUUUGCGGUCUGUAAAUCCUAAAUUUCGACCUAGGGAUUUAAUGUAUUUUUUCAUCACACUUGCUAGGCGAUGCGGUGUGUAAAUCCUAAAUUUCGACCUAAGUCUGUAACGUACUUCCGAAAAUAAGGCAGAAGUUUUAUUUAUUUUCGCUCACAAGUGUGAUGAAAAACAUUGUGUGUGUCACGGGCGAUACAGGAAUUUCGAACUCGUGUUAAUUAAGCUGUCGCAUUCGGCUUCGGGCUUCAAUUCAUACUCGUUCCUAAAUUCUUGUUUACCGCCCAUAAUACACAAUGUACUAUUACGAUACUCAAAUACAGCUCUAUAACAACCAAAUUACAAUACCUGGUUUUAAAGAGAAUGGAAAAUAGUACUAGGAUCCAUGCAUUUAGAUAUUCUCCUUAAAAAUUUUAAUUACUCAUUCUUAAUCGUAAGAAAAUGUUAUUAUAUGAUAAUUGAAGGUAGACCUAGUGUUACCACAUUUCCGUCUAUUUUACAAGUAUUUUGUUGAAUGCCAAAUGUUGCCAGUAUAGUAAUGAGGUGUUGCACCUAAAAAAAAUAACGGAAAUGUGAUAAUCUAUAUACUUAAGUUUUAAAAUUGCAUUCUAUUUAUUUAGCUUAUCUGCUGUUUUAUUGAUAAUUUAUUAGCUGAAUUAAUUUAAGGAUAUUUAAUAUUUAUUUAAAUAUUGAACAAUAGGAUAAUAUUUUGAUAUACGUUAUCUUUUGUGAUUUCUUAAUAGGUUUUAUCUAUUAUGUAUCCGUCUGUAAUAACAUUAAACAUGGCUGUCAUUUGUGGGGUUCACAAUCUUUACUUAAAUGUGUAAAUAAACUCAAAUAGUGCAAUAGCCUUCAGAAUCACCCACUAAGGUCCACUUGCACCAUUCCACAAAUCCGGGGUUAACCGGUUAAACCGUUAACCUAGUGUCUAGAUUUAACCGGUAAACCCCGGGUUAGUGAAUAGUGCAAGAGGCCCUAACUAAUAAAGUAAAAAUAAAUAAAUAUUUCAAUUGCAUAUUGACGUGCUAUAUUGAUGGACUCACACUUGCCACAAAGUUCAUAAUAUCUAGAAAUUUUAGAAUAAACGACACUUACGUAGUUCGGACAAUCAUUGUACAUAUUUUUCGGCUCCUUUUUAACGCCAAGUGCAUUUACCUCAGUCCCUCAAAGGGGCUGUCCAUUAAUUCCGUUAGGUGUGGACUGUAGAGGGAGGGGGUCAAACCGAAUAUCACGUGGGGGAGAUCGGCAAAUAUCACGACAUCACGCCAGAGGGGGAGGGAAGGUCAAAUAAUACCUCAAAAUUGUAACGCAAUCAAUGGACGCCCCCAAAGAGCAUAUAGUUCAAAAGUAAUCUGUAAAUUUUUACGAAAACGAGUGAAACCGAAGGUCUCCCUCACCUUCGCUUUCGCUCGGUCGAUAACGACAUCUUUCAGUAGUUAUUUUGUUUCGGAAAUAAGAGUCGUGAAGUUUAAGAGCAUACAACCUGUGUCUGACCAUGGGGCCUUAUAUCCAGGGCUUGAUUUUACUCGCUAAACUGAUUUUUACUAUGGGGCCGACCUUACAAUCGGGGAAAAUUUUUUGGCUUUCCCAUAGAAAAUGUCGACAGCUGAUCAGCCAAAAUGUAUGAAAAAGUAAAAAAAAAAUUCGCGAUUUCGGGGUUGGUGCCAUAAUAAAAGUAGCUCAGUUUAGCGAGUAGAAUCGAACCCUGGAUUUAAAGCCCCAUGGUCAGACACAACCUGUAUAGUAACAGAUCUAAAGUGCCUACUAGUGCUUCUAAUCUAUCUUACUAUUAGUGGUAUGAGAGAGUGAGAUGGGCAAUGUUACCGAUGAAAUGUGUAGCUACAUAACAGCAUCUUCUAUCCUUUUUACACUUUGGCCAGUUGACACUGACAAAUAUUACUUCAUGCUGUCUCGGAAAUAUUUAAUAAAUUUCGCUAAUUUAGUUCAAUUUAAUAAAUUUGAAUGAAUAUGUACAUUUACUAGUAUACAUUUCAUCGGUAACAUAUAGGAUGAUAAGAGUACACACACCAACUAGGGUAUAUGUGAUAAUGAUAACGGCAGUUUAGGCUAAAAUUAUACCAUUUAUAGUAUAAUAUAUUAAAACGGGUCUCACGUAUUUUACGUCGAAGAUUGGUCCCACUUGCUCGCACAGUGGCAUUGACCGUCGACAUCAUGGGCGAGACGACAAUAUAAUUACGCGAUAGAGAUAGGGAUAUGCGGGUCAAUGUACGAAAUUCUCGGUGCUUAGCGUCCUUACUUUAGCUGGAAAAUUGUUUUGGGUACCACGUCAGUGUGGACUAACCUCUAGCGAAUGACGUAGUGAGUGUUGUGUGCAACCCAUCAUUCGAUAAUAAUGCCUUGACGAGGGUAGUUUCUCGCAGCCCAAACUCUGCGUCGGUGCGCCAACGCGUUCUCCCGUUGAAGCGCCUCGUUAUGGACCGAAACAUGUAGACCAAUAUUCGACUUACAAUACAUGAGGGACCUAUUAUUGGGAGCCUAUAAUGUCCCACUGCUGGGCAAAGGCCUCCCCCCCACUUUUUCCAGUCCCAUGAGGGACCUGUUUUAAUAUAUUUAAUAUGUCUGUCUCGCGGAAGUUUUGUUAUGAUGAUACUAUUUCACUUGGGCUCACACACAUCGCCAGUCGGUAUGCAAAUGUGUCGUUCUCGGAAAAAGGUACUAUUUUGUCGACUGUCAAUUAGGCGGAAAUAAUAUUAAGAUUACAAAAGAAAAAGCUCUUAUAGACGAUCGACAAAGUGAUGCUUUUUACUAGAGUAAACUGACAUGACUUAAUUUAUAAAAUCUUAUUUAUUUCUGUAAAUAAGCGAUUUAAUGUUGUAUAAAUAUUGUACGUAUAUUUAGUUUUAAAUGUGUUUUAAGUUUAAAUUAUAAAAGAAAUAUAAGUUAUGCAUAGAAUAAUGUUAGACUGAAGCAAUGACUGAUUUGUGAUGAAGCAAUAUUAUUUAUUAGUGAAACGGAUUACAAACUUUUGUUUUGAGCCCUGAAGUGAUAAAACUUUUUCAUGUUACCUAUUUUAUUUGUAUGAAUUUAACAAAUGCCCACGUGGCGUUUACGUCUUGUUCUAUAAAACGUUUUUGAGCGAAUUAAUCAUGCAUGUUAGGUCUCAAAUUUUCGUCUGAUAGUUUUAUUUUUGCCAUAAAACACCUUAAAAACUUGACACGGCUUAAGAAGAAAAAAUAUAUAAAUUGACUAUGGUAGUCAAACUGCCACGUUCGAAAAAAAAUUAUUCGAGGUUGUAUUACGCUGGGUGAUUUCAUUAUAUGUAGUAUUCUUCAAAUACCUUGGGUACGGUGACAGCUGUCAUCUCCAUGCAAAUUAUAGUUCGUAGGUUUCAAAUAGAGCCCGACGGCUAAUCCUAUUGUAUAUUGUUAAGUAAAACCGCCGUGCCACGUGCCACAACUACCUGCAUAAAAAAAUACGUACUUGGGUUACUGAGUACCGGCGAGUCGAACGCUACAGAACCAGUCUAAAAUAUGUCAUCGAGAUGCGUAACAAAGCCGCGUUAUCGGAGAGCGCACCUACACUGGUUUUUUGAGCGUUGGACUAGCCCGCGCUCAUGUGCCAAAUAGAAUACAGUGAAACCUGGUUAAUUGGCACCUGGAUAAAUGGAAAACCUCAAUAAUUGCAACCAAAAGUCCGGUCCCGGUCCCUUGAGACCAAAAGGCCUCUAUAAUUGAAAUUUUGGAACCUCUAUAAUUGCAAUUUAGAUUUUAGUGCUUUUCGUAAUUUUGCCUCUAUAAUUGACCACAUCGCAACUUAAGACCUCUAUAAUUGACACUGUGCUAAAAAAAUCCGUUAUUUUUGCUCUUGUUUUUACCUCUAUUAUUGAAACGAGUCUUACUUAUUACCUCUGUAAUUGAAAUAAUGUAGUUGUAGACAGCAGAAACAAUAUUUUAAUAGCAAUGAUCAUUUUAUUUAUAUCUCCAUCCAGAAUUCAAUUUAUUUAUUGGGUAUCUAUCACAGCCUGUAGUAGGUGAAAUAGUUUUGAUCAAUAAAAAACAAAGUAGGCAUGCUUUUUACAUUCUAAUAAAACUUUCUUUUACAAUUCAAGGGAAUUUUUUAAACCCAAAUGAUAAGAAAAUAAAGUGGUAAUUAAUGUAGUGUAAAAGUGCAAGUAUAGACAGAAGCAAUAUACAGACCAGAAACCCAGAACGUAAGCGUGUAAAUCUACUUUAAAUGGUUAUUUGCACCUCCAUAAAAGAAAUUUGUCAGAACGCAACCUCUAUUAAUGAAAACCUCUAUAAUUGACACAACGAUUUUAUGAACCUCGUUAAUUGACGCGACCUGCUUAAAUGAAAAACCUGGUUAAUUGACAAAAAAUGGCCGGUCCCUUGAGAUUGCAAUUAUCCAGGUUCCACUGUACUUAAGACACUUUUUCGCAGGUAAGUAGCACGUGCGGUUUUACUUAACAAUAGACAAUAGGAUUAGCGGCCGGGCUCUAUUUGAAACCUACGAACUAUACCUUAAAACGCAAGAUCUCGCAAAAUUGUAUUGAAAUAACAGUUGUCAACUUGUCACGGUACUCAAGCUAAAUAUUAUAAUAUGUAGAAAAAGAUGGAGUCACGGUGUAUGUCAGCUUUAUUAUAAUAUUUAUAAUAGCGUUUUACUCAACAGUAUAAUAAUUAUAAUAAAUAAUUUAUAUUGUUUUCUCACACUCGUUCGUCGCUGUGCCAAAAUUAUUAUAGAACUGUUAUCGUCAUGUAACAAGCGAAUACAAUUAAUUUGAAUGUAUUUACAUAAAUAAAUUAUACUAUGUAACGCAUAGAUUAGGUUAUAAGUGAUAUAGUAAUAUGUUUAAUGCUAAAUAUAAAUACAUACAAUUUUGCUGUAUUUAGAGGCGUCUUCCAUCUUUACUCAUUAUUUUCUCGUAGAUAACUGUGUCGGGGAAUAAACGCAGGCGAUUUAAACCAAAUUAGGCCCUUUUCCUCACUUUCCUAAUAAGGAAUCGGUGCUACAAAUCAAGUCAAAAACAUUGAAUGCCAGAGAAUAGAGUCCCAGGUACCUUACAAACUGAUGUACCUGUAUUCCUCUCUUCCGUACAACAAAGUGUUACUUACAAACGUACAUUCAUUUUAAACUUUUGAACGCCAAACGGCGCAUCCAUUUGCCGUGCUACUGGCGCCACGGGGGCAAAAUUUAGUUUUGUGAAUACAUAUUUAUUUAUUUAUUUAGAUAUUUAAUUCAGGCAACAAGGCCCAUAUUACAAAUACCUUACAGACUAACAUACAUAUGUAUUUUAUAAACUUAAAACUAAACACUAUUUAGACGACAAAACGGCGUGGCUCCGUUGUGUCGGCUGCUCUUGUGUCGGAUUCGGCAGUUUGCCCCGGAACCUCCGAAACACGACACCUUUCGGCCAGAAAAAUAUGUAAUGCCAACUUAAAAGCGGGGUGUUUUUCAGUAGAUUUUCAUCAAAAAACGAACUAACACAAAUGCCGUCUUUGGCGUCGUUGUCACGAUUUUGCGUUGACGUCAAUAAUUGCCGUCUGUGGCGUUCAAAAGGUUAAUCUUAAAAAGUAAAAAACAUUUAGACGACGCAACAGGGUUUUGCUGCGUUCGUUGUUCUGGUGUAGGCUACACCAGAACUGCAGAAAAAUAGGUAUGAAUAUAUAUUAUUGCAGUCCCAUGCAGUUUGUUCCCCGGCUGUAGGAAACUAGCCUUUCUUUCGGUGGUAUAAGGAAUGUAGAUGAAACUUUACAGCAAUAAUUAGUACCUAAUUGUAGUAGUAUUUUGCUGGUAGAUGCUACUUAUAUGAUAUAAUAUGUGUGAUACAUUACAUUGCGAUUUCUUUAUAGUGUGCUAUAUUUUACGUUUCUUAUGUAUGGACAGUUAAAUUGUAUGUCAAAUCAAUUGUUCAUAUAUAAGUAAUGCAGUUUAAAAAAAAGUUAUAUCAAUAUGAUAUUAAAAUUGUUGCGGCUUUCAAGUAAUCGUGAAUCAGAAUAAUUUAAUUUAAUUUAUUAAUAAGUUAUGUGACUCUGUUAUUAUUUAGUUGUAAUUGGUAUUGGUUUUGUGAAAGAGAACUUUUUAGAAAAUACUUCUCGUAAUUAUAUUUAAUUUUAUUUAGAAUAAUUUUUAUUGUGUUGUGGCUCGUGUUAAGGUGUUGCCAGUAAAUCAUGUGCCUGCGCAGGUUUUAGACAAAAAUAUUUUUAAAUUCUUUACUCAUUUUAAAUUGUCUUGCAAAAUAGGGGACAACAAAUUAUUCAUAAAUACGUGACGAUGUAGCUUCUUCAAGUUAAAUGUAUGUGUAACCUGAAAUUAUUAAAAACUUAAUGAAAGUGUACAACGCUUUAUGAGCGUGUUUACUACACCGAUACAUACAUAUGAAAGGCUUUCACAACAUGUCUGCCGGCAUCGUGACUUAAAUAGUUACAGAUAUCAAUUAUUUGUGUGUUCAUCACGAAUACAGCCUGGCAAAAAGAGUAGAAAUUAAAAAGUGGCAACACUGUAGUGUCGUCCCGUUCUCUUAUACAUAUUGAUUUGAAAGAGACGACACUACAGUGUUGCCACUUUUUAAUUUCUACUCUUUUUUUUCCAGGCUGUAUUUGUUCUUGAGUUAUGUAUGUUAUCUGUGUAGGGUAAUUCGCCAGUAACUGGUCACUUUACUAAACGGCCAGUUACUGGCGAAUCACCCUAUCUAAGUAUGUACGUAUUUAACUAUAUAUCGUCGGCUAGUACCCAUAGUACAAGCUUUGCUUGUUUGGGGCUGGGUUGAUCCGUGUAAGAUUGUCCCCAAAAUAUUUAUUUAUUAUAUUUAUUUGAAAUAAAUAAAUAAUGUUAUUGUGUCGUGGCAACACCGGUGCUUGCUUGUAGCUGUAUAGUCUCCGAACUAUAUUUAAGUAAAUAAAUUGUUGUUGUUGAUAUUUUCCGGCUUGUGAAACACCACUUUAUUAAUAUUAUUGCUAUUGUUGAGAGUUAUUGUCAAAUUUUUAUUUGUCCUAAAAUCUUUUGUCUUUGUACAUAUCCAUUAAAUAAAUUAUGUACUGAGGAUA